AGAUCUGACGAGAGUCUCGCGAGAUUUGGCAAAAAACGCUGCGCGCAAUUGAAUUGCGGGCGCCUCGCACGGGGUGGGCAACUUUUCCCGAAACGAAAUCCCCCGAUUCGUGGAGGCGUUCAGGGUCGCUGUAAAAUAAACGGCCUCGCGAUGGUGAAGCUGACGGCGGAGCUGAUCGAGCAGGCGGCCCAGUUCACGAACCCCGUGCGCGACCGGGAAUUGGACCUCAGAGGCUAUAAGAUCCCGGUGAUUGAGAACCUUGGAGCGACUCUGGAUCAGUUCGACACCAUCGACCUCUCAGACAAUGAGAUCCGCAAGAUCGACGGAUUCCCUCUGCUCAGGAGGCUCAAGUCACUUAUAAUUAACAACAACCGUGUGUGCCGUUUUUCUGAGAGCCUGGAUCAAAGUCUGCCAAGCCUCAACGAGCUCAUCCUUACAAACAACAACCUACAGGAGCUGACGGAACUGGACCCCCUGUCCUCCCUCAAGUCGUUACGCUUCCUCAGUCUGCUCAGGAAUCCCGUGACGACCAAGAAAAACUACCGCCUCUAUGCCGUCUACAAACUCCCGCAGAUCAGGGUCCUCGACUUCCAGAAGGUGAAACUCAAGGAGAGACAGGAGGCUGAGAGGUUGUUUAAGGGAAAGAAAUCCGUUCUUCUCUCCACUAAGGAAGGAGUGAACACGGCAAAGACCUUCACUCCGGGUGCCGGGUUGGUGAUUGAAAAGAAGAAGGCGGGACCCACGCCGGCCGAGAUUGAGGCGAUCAAGACUGCGAUAAUAAACGCGUCGUCUCUCGAGGAGGUGACGAGGCUGAAGAGCCUCCUGCAAGCCGGACACAUUCCAGGCCAGGAGAAACCAACAGCGGCUGCCGCCGCUAGCGCCGCCACCCCCGCGGCCGCCGCCAGCACCCAAGACGACAUGGAUACGGCGGCCCCCGCGGAGAGUGGGAACGGAGGCGGGGUGGACGCGGAGGAGGGGGUGGACGCGGAGGAGGAGGAGGAGGAGGGAGUGGACGCCAAGAAGGAGGAGGGGGUGGACGCCAAGAAGGAGGGGGGAGAGGCGAAGGAGGAGGAGGGGGACGCGGAGAAAGACGCCGGGGUAGACGCGGGGACGCGGAAAGAGGGAGAUGGCAGCGCCAGGAACGGGGAGGCUGCCACGGAAACGGAGAAGAAGCAGAAUGGGAGUACGGAGAAAGUGCAGGACGUGGAGAUGAGCGAGGGGUGAAGGUAGGGGGGUGAGCGGGGGGGGGGAGGGGGGGAGCAGACUGGGCUGGUCACGGGGAGGGGGAAUUUCAGAUGCGUUCUUUUUUUUUUUUAGGAUUGGUUUCGUCUCAAAAGACUCUGAUCCAGGUUUUGUUGUUACUGUAUAUGUUUAUUUUGAGAGAGAGACCAGGUCCGAGCAACUUUGUCUUGGAACUUGUUUGUCAAGAUCGUUGUCUUGAGAGAGACUGGGUUUUAUGAACCGGUGGGUUCGAUAUUGUGUUUCAGGAACCAGCGUCUCGAGACUGGGUUUCAAUAUCCAGUUACUUGAGGUUUACUUAGGAGGCAUGAGAUCAGUGUCUUGAGUUGAGACCCGGCUUCGGAGUCGGUGUCUUGAGAGACUCAGCUUUUUGAGAGGACAGGUUUUUAGAUCAAGAGUCUUUGUGAAGACUUUGCUCCUGGAAUUUCUGAAGUCGGGGGAUAAUCUUGGGAGUUCGUAUUGGCCACGCUGUUGGGGCAUCAAACCAACUUCGGCGUGACCAAUAUUUCGACAUUUCCAUCGUCGAUGCAGACGGGGCCUCGCGAACUCGGCACGGGCUGGUUUAACAGUUUGCGUGGAUGCGGCGACGUUGUGAUUUGGUAAAUAAAAUUGUGAGAGGGAAUUUUUUUUUUAAAUAAACUAAAAUAUAUGCCGGCA